AGAGAAACAACACAGUCCGAGAAACAUGGCAGAAGAAGCUCCAGCAGCUGCACCGGUUAAGGCUCCGGCCAAAGCCCCGAAGAAGAAGUCCGCUCCCCGGGCCAAGAAGGACGGGCCCAGCCUCCCGAAACUCCUCGUGGCCGCUGUGGCCGAGUCCAAGGAGCGCAAGGGGGUGUCCCUGGCGGCUCUUAAGAAGGUGCUGGCCGGGAAAGGAGUGGAUGUGAGCAAGGCGAACAAGCGCAUCAACACCGCCAUCACCACGCUCGUCACUAAAGGGACGCUGAGCCAGACUAAAGGGACGGGGGCUUCCGGCUCCUUCAAGCUCGCCAAGGAGCCUAAAGCCGCUAAACCAGCCAAGAAGGUGGUGAAGAAGAAGGCUCCCGUUAAAGCGAAGAAGCCCGCUGCCAAGAAGACCACCGCGGCCAAGAAACCCGCCGCUAAGAAGCCAGCAGCCAAGAAGACCCCGAAGAAGGCUCCGGCCAAGAAGGCGGUGAAAAAGCCCAGCAAGAGUCCCAAGAAGCCCGCCGCUAAGAAGCCAAAGGCCGCCAAGAAGCCCGCAGCCAAGAAAACUCCAGUGAAGAAACCUGCAGCCAAGAAGCCCGCAGCAAAGAAGGCCAAGAAGUAAACAGCUGCUACAGCAGCAAAAAAGGCUCUUUUCAGAGCCACCACACUUUCUCCUGUGGAGCACAUCCUGUCAUUAGAGAGACUCAUUCAAUUAAAUACCACUGCAAUAGUUUCAACUAGUUGAGCUGCCUAAAAGCCUCCAACAUCCUUCUACAUUUUACUCUAUAGACCAACAGCAUCAUCUAGAUUCACUUGGAUUUAUUGUCCGGGUCCAUUUCAUCAGUAGUGAUGAGAAUUCUGCUUCUUAUCAGGGAUCCAUAUGAUUUGGCUCAACUCCAUAACAGAUUCUGGUUCCUUUAGCUGGAACUCUUAAUAUUUGACCUGACUUUUGAUAAUACACAUCAAUGCUGACACAGUUUCAUAAAUAUUUUGUGUUUCAUGUGUUGGAAAUGUGUAAACAACGGAAGGACUGAGCCGACUCCCAUAAGUCAUGUAAAUGAACUGGCACAUGGAGCCGGUUCUGCCGCAACAGGCACAUUUCCUCAUUCAGCGGUUUAUUUGACGCAGAUGAGUCCACGCUCCCAAAACAACUUGUGUAAACAUGAUGGCGAAGUGCAAAAACAUUAUUAAAGAAAUCUAUUUACAAUGA